UCUUUUUGUUUCACUUGUUCUUAGUUUUUGGUUCAUAGCGUAAGUGCUACUCUCUCUCUACAGCACCACGAAGCGAAUCUUCACCAAGUCAGCAGCGACGCUCCUCUCAACGGCGGUCCCAGCCAGUGGCGCGACCCUCCCAUCGGCGGCGGUUCACAACCAGCGGCGCUCCUAAAGCGGUGGUUCCCAACAGCGGCGCAACCCUAGCAGUAGCUGCGAUCCUCCCCAGCCAGUGGCGCGACGCCUCCUCCCUCCCUGUCUUCCAGCCAGUUGAAGGUUGCGCUGUGAUUGUGCACCGUUUUCUGGUUUCUCUUUGGCUGAGUUUCACUCAUCUCUGAAGAAAUAUGGCUGCCAAUUUCUGGACAUCAUCUCAUUACAAGCAUCUUCUGGACCAGGAAGAUGUGGAUAUGGUGAAUACACUUGACAAGGAAAAGGGUAUCACACUGGAGGAUUUUAAGCUCAUUAAGAUGCAUAUGGCCAGCUAUAUUUUGAAAUUGGCACAACAAGUGAAAGUGAGACAGAGGGUUGUGGCCACAGCAGUUACAUACAUGAGGCGUGUUUACACCAAGAAGAGUAUGACAGAAUAUGAUCCACGCUUGGUAGCUCCAACAUGCUUGUACCUGGCAUCAAAAGCAGAAGAAAGCACAGUGCAAGCUCGGCUUCUUGUAUUUUACAUUAAAAAACUAUAUGCUGAUGAGAAGUAUAGAUAUGAAAUCAAGGACAUACUUGAAAUGGAAAUGAAGGUUUUAGAAGCUCUUAAUUAUUACCUGGUUGUAUACCACCCAUACCGUUCACUAUCUCCGUUGCUUCAGGAUGCAGGUUUGAAUGAUCUGAACAUGACUCAGUUAACUUGGGGCCUUGUAAAUGACACAUACAAGAUGGACCUAAUUCUUGUACAUCCUCCGCAUUUGAUUGCUUUAGCUUGCAUAUACAUUGCUAGUGUACUUAGGGACAAAGACACCACUGCUUGGUUUGAAGAACUUCGUGUUGACAUGAACGUGGUCAAAAAUAUAUCAAUGGAGAUACUUGAUUUUUAUGAGAGCCAUAGAAUGUUCACUGAGGAAAGAAUUAAUGCUGCUCUCCAGAAGUUGACCUUGAGACCCUAAAAGCUUACCAGUCAAUGCUGAAUUCGUGGAAUGAUUUUGACAUGUUUUGCAGUAGUAGAACGCUUUCAAAAUAUAUCCAAUAGUAAGGGCACAUAAUAUGGGGGUUAAUUCAAAGGGAGUGAUGUAAAGGGAAUAUUUCUUGGUUUUUUAGUUUUAUCUAUUUACUGUGUCAUAAGUUGAUUGAUCUAAGCAACCUAUAAUUUUAUAUUA